AUGACCACUCCUCAACUUUACGACUGGCUCGUGCAGACCCCAGCCAACUCCGAAGACCUCGAAAAUCGUAUCAACACCCGCCCUGCUCAUCUCGAGCACAAUAAGCCGCUGAUUGAGGCUGGUGUUCUUGUCUGGGGUGGACCGUCGCUCGCCACCCACCCGCAGACCGCAGAAGACGAUCUCCUGAUUACCGGCAGCGUGAUGUGCAUUCGAGCUGAGAGUGAGGAGGCCGUGCGUACCAUCAUUCGCAAUGAUCCAUAUGCGAAGGUCGGUUUCUGGAAUGCUGAGGGCGCUGUGGUGACACCUAUGCGAUGUGUUGUUCGGAGGCCGCUGUGA